UUGUAAACUUAUCCAAAGAGAAGAACGUGAUGUGCAGAGACUCAAACCUUAAGUUGUUGGCGAUUGUCUGGGAGCAGCUUUGCAGCCCCAAGAAGCAUUGCAACAUGAGCAUCAUGUCCACAAGCAUGCAUCUUCCCAGUGGAAUUAGAUACCAGAUGAGAUGUUACACUUCUCUUUUCUAUAUGAAGCCUCCUGCCAACCACAAACUACUCCCAUUCUGCAGUCCACAAUUUUGGCUUCUCUCAAAUUCUACUUCAGCAGAUUUUGUUAGUAAACAUGGAUGGUGGCAAGAAUCAACAAGGUGGUGGAAAGAAACUGAAUAUAGUGGUAGGACCAUGGGGGGGAAACGGAGGGACUAGUUGGGAUGAUGGAACCUAUCAUGGAAUCCGAGAGAUCACUCUUGUUUAUGAUAAAUGCAUCGAUUCCAUCUCUGUUGUGUACGAUAAGAAUGGAAAACCAGUAAAAGCAGAAAAACAUGGAGGUGUAGGAGGCAGUCACACAACAGAGAUAAAGCUGAAUUAUCCAGAGGAGUACUUGGUAAAUGUAAGUGGUUAUUACUGUCCGGUAGUUUAUGGGGGCAGCCCUGUGAUAAGGUCACUGACAUUUAAGAGCAACAAAAGAGUAUUUGGUCCAUUUGGAGUAGAAGAAGGAACACCCUUCACUUUCUCCAUGGAUGGAGGGAGACUUGUAGGGUUUAAUGGAAGAAGUGGCUGGUAUCUUGACUCGCUUGGAUUCCAUGUAUCUCGUGUUCAACCUAAAAACCUCUUUCAAAAAGUUCAGAAAGGUCUAAGGAGGCUUACCAGUACCAUCUCAAAAUCGCCUGCACCUAAGGAUGAUGGAAAUGGAUAUUGAUGAAGAAAUCUAUCUAGAAUAGAGUACAUGGGAUAAGACCACAAUUUAUGCCUUUUUCCCCGGACGAAAUAUGGGAAGCUAUCUACUAGCUGUUGUCCUGUAUCAAUAAUGUUUGUAUCCAAUGAGAAUGAGAAGCAUGAAGCAACUUGUGUUUUA